GCAGACAAACAAAACAAAACACACCACACCACACUCCUUUCUCUUCCCAUCCUGUCUUCCUCCACAGUCCAUAUUCUUCUCUUCUCUCUUUCUUCCCCCAAGAAGUAACACAAUUUCCCAGAUUCAAAGCUCUUUUCCUUUUUUAAAGUCUUUCAAAAGGAAUUAAAGAAUCUCAGCAACCAUCUCUUCUUAGUUCUUAUCUUCAGUUUCUUUUUCAAUUUCUUCAAUAGGGAGAUAAUUAACUCUAAUAAACUUCAGAAAAAGCAAAAGAAAACACACACAAAAAUUAAUCGUAACUUUCUCUUCUUUUUUUUUUUCUGUAUUAUCCCAUUCACUCACUUUAAAGUUUCUUCAGAGAUUCAAAACAAUAUCUUCGAGAAACUACUUCAAGUUUCUUCUACUCGUUCAACCUCAUGACCCACUUCUCAUAAAAAGCACCAACCAAUUCCAAAUUUCAAACAUUUUCUGUCUUCAGACAAGAUUCGAGACAAUCUUGUGUUCUGCUGAUUUAUCAAAAAAAUACAAAAAAAAAUAUGGAUCGGAAAAGAGGGUGCAAGAUCAGGAAGAGAGGUGGUUCUUCCUCCUCUUCCUCUUCACUAGCUCGUCAAAACCGCUUCAAACGCGCAAUUUUCGCCGGCAAAAGAGCCGCACAAGACAACGGCGGCUCAGGAACUCCCGUUAAGUCCAUCUCCGCCGCUAAAACUCCCGUACUCUUGUCCUUAUCGCCGGAGAAACAUCAUGUAGAUCAAUUUGAGAAACUCCCCGUCUCGGCAAGAAAGCUGGCGGCAACUCUGUGGGAGAUCAGCGACGGCGGUACAGAUCCUGCCCUAGACUCCGACAGAGAUAACUUGAGAAGCAAGAAACCGUCGAGAAACAGAAGGAAGAAACCAACAGAGAUCUCUUCCCAUGAUUUCCUACAAAACUCAUCCGAUCCCAUUUCCCGUUUUGGACCAGAGAGAAUCAUUCUCCAUGAAAGAGAAACAGUACAACAACUAAUCGAAUACAAAACCACCGGCACAAACUCGGUGAAAACUCGUUUCAAGAACGUCAGCGACGGUUUAACAACGUCUAAAGAGCUCGUGAAGGUCCUAAAACGUAUCGGUAAGCUCGGGGACGAUCACAAGACAGCAAGCAACCGUUUAAUCUCUGCUCUGGUUUGCGAACUAGACAGAACAAGGUCUUCUCUAAAGCAUCUGGUGAGUGAGUUCGACGAGGAGGAGGAGGAGAACAGGAGGUUAAUAGAGAAGCUUCGAGAAGAGGCGGUGGUCGAGAGAAAGCUGAGGCAGAGAACGGAGAAGAUGAACAUAAAGUUAGGGAGAGAGCUAGCGGAAGCUAAGGAAAGGGAGAGGAAGACGAAGGAGGAGAUGGAGAGAGAGAGGAGAGCGAGAGAUGUUCUCGAGGAGGUGUGCGAUGAGCUGGCGAGAGGAAUCGGAGAAGAUAAGAAAGAUAUGGAGAAAGAGAGGGAGAUGAUGCGUGUAGCUGAUGUUUUGAGGGAAGAGAGGGUUCAGAUGAAGCUUACGGAGGCGAAGUUUGAGUUCGAGGAGAAACACGCCGCCGUGGAGAGGCUGAAGAAGGAGCUCCGGAGGGUUCUUGAGGGAAAAGGGUCGUCGGAGAUUGGUCGGGUUCUAGAGAUAAUAGAUGGCUCUGAUGAGGAUGAGGAGGAGGAGGAGGAGGAGAGUGAUCUUAAGUCUAUUGAGCUGAACAUGGAGAGUGGAAGUAAGUGGGGUUAUGUUGAAAGCCAAUCUAGAUUUGUUGGCUCCGGCGAAGAUGAUGAUGAUCCUGUGGAGAAGAGAUCAGUGGUUGUUGAUAAUGGGGAGAGAGAUGAAUCUUUGAAGACUCUAAAAGAGUACAUUGUUUCUAAUAUGAGAUUCAUUGGUUCCUCAUCGUCGGAGCAGUGGAAUCACCGGCACUUACCAAGUGUGGAGUUUGUGUAAUCACACCGGAGCUAGAGCCGGCAAGAAAAAAAUAGUAUCAGUUUUUAAUGUGUAUAUGUAUUUUAUUCAAUUUAAUUUUUGGAUUUAAUCUUGCAGAAAGUAUCUUAACUGUCAUAAUUUAAAUACAAACCACCGUAAGUUACAUGUCUUAGUCAAAUCACUGUUUUUUCUA